GGCACCCCAGGCGCAUGGUUGCAGAACCCUCGCGAGGGUAAAUUCCCCAAGCCGCCUAGUGGGACCUCAGAGCGCCAUUUCUCUCCUUGUCGUUGCCCUGGAUCGGAGUUCUUUUGCCUUCGGAGUACCUUCCUCAGGUCAGGAAUCACCAUGUGCGCCUGCCCUAGCCGCCGUGGAGCACGUGUUGCCCGCAAGGAAACCCCACUGUCCACGCCUGGUGGAGUGUCCUCUUUGGUCACAAGGUCUCAUGAAGACCUGGGCACCAUGGUGCCCACUGGCCAGGUGGCAGAAAAGCAGGCAUGCAAGGAGCCCGGGCAGGACCAUGAACUUCAGUCCUGGAGAUGCCUAGUGGUCUAUCUCUGUUUCUUUGGCUUCAUGGCACAGUUACGGCCUGGGGAGAGCUUCAUCACGCCCUAUCUCCUGGGACCGGACCAUAACUUCACAGCGAAGCAGGUGACCAAUGAGAUCAUUCCAGUGCUGCCCUACUCCCACCUGGCCGUGCUGGUGCCAGUCUUCCUGCUCACGGACUACCUGCGAUACAAGCCAAUCCUGGUCCUGCAGUGCCUGAGCUUUGUGUGCGUCUGGCUGUUGCUGCUGCUGGGCCGCUCUGUAGUGCACAUGCAGCUCAUGGAGUUCUUCUACAGCAUCACCAUGGCCGCCCGCAUCGCCUACUCCUCCUACAUCUUCUCCCUGGUGCGCCCGUCCCGCUACCAGCGCAUGGCCAGCUACUCGAGGGCAGCGGUGUUGCUGGGAGUCUUCACCAGCUCUGUGUUGGGCCAGGUGCUGUUUACCUGGGAACAUGUCUCUACCACCAUGCUCAACUACAUCUCCCUGGGUUUUAUUAUCUUCAGCCUGGUCCUCUCCCUCUUCCUAAAGCGCCCUAAGCACAGCCUCUUUUUCAACCGCAGUGCACUUGUGCGCGGAGCCCUGCCCUGUGAGCUGGACCAGAUGCACCCGGGCCCUGGCCGACCAGAGCCUGGGAAGCUCGAGCGGGUGCUGGGCACUUGCAGGGACUCCUUCCUGGUGCGCAUGCUAAGUGAACUGGUGCAGAACGCACGGCAACCACAGCUGCGCCUCUGGUGCCUCUGGUGGGUCUUCAACUCGGCAGGCUACUACCUGAUCACCUACUACGUUCACGUCCUGUGGAAAAACACAAACGACAACCUCACCUACAACGGCGCCGUCGAUGCUGCCUCCACACUGCUGAGCGCCAUCACGUCCUUCUCUGCGGGCUUUGUGAAGAUCCGCUGGGCUCUAUGGUCAAAGUCGGUCAUCACAAGUGUUAUAGCCAUCCAGGCUGGGCUGGUAUUCUGUAUGUGCAAGGUCAAAAAUAUCUGGAUACUCUACGUGGCCUUCGCGCUUUUCCGUGGGGCCUACCAGUUCCUUGUGCCCAUCGCCACUUUUCAGAUUGCGUCUUCCCUGUCUAAAGAGCUCUGUGCCUUGGUCUUCGGGAUCAACACAUUCCUUGCCACUAUGCUCAAGACCUCCAUCACACUGGUGGUCUCUGACAAGCGGGGUCUGGGCCUCACAGUCGAAAGUCAGUUCCUUAUCUACUCCAUGUACUUCCUGGUGUUGUUCAUCAUCUGCUUCGUGGGGGCUGUGCUGGAUGGCUGGAGAUACUGUCGGCAUGGUCACCACCACCAGCCCCUGCCCCUGGCCCAGGAGCUGAGGAGUCCCUUGGAGAAUUCUGUGCAGGUGCUGAGUGUACAGGAUGGAGGCCCAAAGGGACCACAGCCCUCAGCGCCACCGCUGCUCUCAGAAGAUGGCCUAGAGGACAGCGUGGCAGACUUGAGAGUUGAAGCCAAGGCCUGACCCUCCUGGCUUCAUCCCACUUCAGCGGGAGGAUUCCUAACUCAAGCGACCCCUCCCAUGUGCUCUCCAUCAUGAACCAGCCUGGGCAAGACUCCCAAUCUAUACUGUUCCUUUCGGGAACCCUCAGUAUGUCCACAGGAGUCACCUUAGGGGUCACCUGCUUUAAACGAGGGACGAUAGUCUCUCCCUACUGACAGCCUGAGGACCCUAAACCCAGCCUACUUCAUGCUUUAGCUGUGGCCCAAGCCUGCUGGGGACACUCAGGGCAGCUGGCUGGCCUUGUGACAUGUCAGGCUACUGUGAGCCUAUUGCUUGCCAAGAAGAGCCUGUGUUGGGGUCAACUGUGCCCACCACGCCAGCCCACCCUAAGCCCUAGGAAGCUCAGGACAAAUCCCAGGGCUAUUGAGGUAGCCCAGACACCAGCCAAGGCACGCUGACCCUGCAGGAUGCUGGUCCUUCUGUGUGGGGUAGAUGCCUGUCCUGGCUUCUGGCUAUGCUAUCAAACUUCACUUCCAACAUUGGAGGUGCUUGUUUGAAUGACUAUCUGAUUUUUUUUUUUUUAAAUCAAAUGACAUUAAAAUGGAGAACUACAUCUGUUGUGAAAAGCUGGAGUCAGGUGGGCAUCGGGCACAUUUCCGUCUGAUGGAGUAGAGGCUUGGUCUGAGGAGUGGGCCCUUUCCCCUGCAGACUUCAGCCCAGAGUCCUUUUUUCUUCUUCCCUCCAUCCCUGAAUGAGUUAGGAUUGACUUGACAGGCACAGGCAGCCCAGAGGACUGCAGAUGUACCGGCCUUGAUUGGGGCCUUCGGGGGGCUUACAUGGGGGAACUGUUUCCUUGCUCAGCUCCUGAAAGCCAUCAGAGCCAGCUGUAAGGUUAAGAUUGUCUGUGACAUGAGGACUUUUUUCGAUCCUUUAAACAGACACCAGUAUGAGGAGGUUUCCAUGCUGGCCUGGUACAUAAGGGCUGUGGUUGAUUAGCCUCAACCAAAGGAAGGAUGCACCGCAGAGACUAAGCCCUCAGUGUCCUUGAGUUGACGUCCAACUCCAGUGCAAGAUCUGAUACCCUAGGGCAUGCAAGUAGUAUCCCUCCUGGCUGGCAGUAAUGAGUAACCAGGUCAGCAGAGAACAGUUGCUCAUUAAGGGGGACUGCUGAGCCAACUGUGCCUCAAUUGGACCUAUGAAGGUCCACUUGGGAAAGGUCACCUUGGGGACGCUGGGCUGAAGAAGAGGCUGCGAGCAGGGCUGGCCUGAUGGUCAGAACACAGGGCCGGCUGCAUCCACAUGUCUACCACAGCACCUUGAAAGCCUUACAGGGGAGAGCUAGUUCCAUCCCUGCUGGGCUUGGGGUUCUUGUAGGACACGCCUGAUGGAUAUAGGCUUGUCCUUUGCCACGGGCAGAGAUGGUGUGUAGCUAGCCCUGCGAUGCCAGCCCACCCUACAGCCAUUCCUUCAGUGGCACCCAGUGCAGCAAGAUGGGGCUUGCUGGCAUUCACCCUCAGAGCCUCUCCCAGCAAAAGCCCUCCCUCUCAGCACCCACCCACUCUGACCUGCAGCUCUGUAGCCCUCACCUGGCAACCUGGACUGGCUGAGGACAGUCCCCUCUCUUAUCCUGGGCCCUUCUGUCAGCCACCAGCUGUUCUUUACUUGGCUUGAGGCUUUGGACAUGGUCUCUGGCAAGCACAGUCCCUUAGGGUCAGCCUCAGCCAGGGCAUGAUAGUGAACACAAAUGGUAGGUCUGGGACCCAGUGAACAGAUCCUCUGCAAAAAAUUGGAGAUUUAUUUAUU